CAGAUUAAUACAAGUACAAUCCCUCAGAGAGAACACACGCUCAUUCUGAAACACGGAGGUCAGAUACCUCGACACUUCCAACCUCAUCAUCGAGGAACCGAGGGCAAAACAAAGCAGGCCAAUAUAUCCUUACGAAGGUGUGGUGCCCAGAUCUGCUCUCAGUACUCCAAGUGGGAUCUAACCAGAGUUUUGUGUAACUGCAGCAUAAUGCCUGCAUCCUUUUAUUCCAGUCCUCCAGAUACAAAGUGACCCAUUGUUCUAGAUUCUCCCAUAAGAAGAAACAUCCUCUCCACAGCCAUCCUGUCAAGACCCCUCAUGUUUCAAUCAAGUCACCUCCAAUUCCUCUACGUUCCAGCGGAUACAACCCCAGCCUGUCCAAACGUUCUUCAGAAAACAAGCAUCCCCAUUUCAGGCAUUAGUACAGCAAACCUUCUCUGAACGGCCUCCAAUAUACAAAGAGCAAAGAAUGCUGUAUAUCGUCACACUCCUGUCUGCUUCUCUGUGGAAAUCAUGGAUUCACUGGCACUAUUUUGAUGAAUGAGGACAACGUCGGACAAGUAAGGCGCAUAAACGCCGAGGGUGCAACAGAAAACACUGCAAAACACCCAGUGGAGUGAGAAUUCACCAGGUCCAGAUGGAAUAUUCCCCAGGUUGCUGAGGGAAAUAAAAGCUGAAAACUGCACAGACACCUGGAGCAUAGCACCACAAGACUGUGAAAAACCUCACCAAACUGCAAAGAAUUAUACAGAAAUGGCUUUGAAUGGAUCAGAAAGCUCUUCCAACUAUUCAAACACCACAACAGAAGACAAGUGCGCGCCAGACCGAGAAAUCAGCCAGGUGAUCUUCUCCGUGCUCUAUUCUGUCUUCUUCAUUGGUGGCCUGCUGAUGAACAGCCUGGCCAUUUGGGUGUUCUUUCAAAUACCAAGCAAGUCAAACUUCAUCGUGUACCUCAAGAACACAGUCAUAGCCGACCUGCUGAUGACACUGAUAUUUCCGUUUAAAAUAGUCAUCGAGUCAAAAUUCAGAACGCCAGGACUCCAAGUCUUCGUAUGUCAAAUUAGUGCAGUCCUAUUCUACUUGACCAUGUAUAUCAGCAUCAUAUUUUUAGGGCUGAUAAGUGCCGACCGCUACCAGAAAGCAGCUAAACCGUUUGGCCAUUCUGGCAUGUGCAAACCCAAAACUGCAAAGAUUCUCUCAGCAACCAUAUGGCUGUGCAUGUUUCUCUUGGUACUGCCCAAUAUGGUGCUGUACAAGGGAAGCACCAUGCCAGAAAAUGAGCGCAAAUGCUCCUCGCUCAAGACUGACUUAGGCUUAAAAUGGCAUGAGCUGGUCAACUUUGUCUGCCAGAUCAUAUUCUGGAGUAACUUGAUAUUAAUAGUCGUGUGCUAUUUUCUAAUAACCAGAGAACUUUAUAAAUCCUAUCGCAAGACAAAAGGCAGCUCCAGGCAAGUUAAGAAAGUCAAUUUCAAUGUCUUUCUUGUGCUGGCCGUGUUCUUUAUCUGUUUUGUUCCUUUUCAUUUCGCCAGGAUCCCAUACACACUGAGUCAGACCCGAGAUGCCUACCAGUGCUCCACUCGAGUGGCUCUUUAUUACAUUAAGGAAAGCACACUGAGUUUGUCAGCGUUAAACGCAUGUCUUGACCCACUGAUAUAUUUUUUCCUAUGUAGGUCAUUCAAGAACAUGCUAUUUGCAAAGCUGAACAACUGCACACACAGAUUGUCAAAAAUGCAGACAGGUGAUUGCCCAUCCAGCAUGGACACUCCACUCUAAGUUGCACCAUAACAUUACACUAAUCAAUAUCCUCACUUGGUUUCUGCACAAGUCCUGGGAAACAUUGUGCAGGGUUCAGUGUUAUAAAAUUAGCAAUAAAAUUUACACUUUACAUGUAUUCUACAUAUUUAUAUUCUAUGGGGUUGAGGAUGUUCUCUUAUGUUAAAGGCACUAUACAAAUACAUGCCAUGUGAUUGACUCUUAACUGCUCUCUGAGCAAUUAGGGAUGACAACAAAUGCUGGAUUAACUAGCGAUGCCCAAAUCUGUAAAUAAAUUUAAAAAGAAAUUGUUGUUGCUUGGGCCAGGGAAAGAAUACUAAGUCCCAAACAAAUACAAACUAGAUACGUAUGACAUCUUUCUUGUAGUAAAUCAUCCCAAAGUUCUUUACAAUGAAAUAGUUGAUCAGGACAUCCUGAUACAGCAUAGCUAGACCUGAUGUUCUUUCCUAUUUCUACAAUGAGGGAGCAUAUAUAAUAAUUCAUUGAAUCUUUACAGUGUGGAAGCAGGCCAUUCAGCCCAUCAAGUCCACACCACCCCCUCCAAACAGCAUCCCAUCCAGACCCACCCUGCUUCCCUAUCCACAUAACCCCACGUUUCCAACGGCUAGUCCACCUAAUCUGCACAUCCCUGAAAACUAUGAGCAAUUUAGCAUGGCCAAUCCACCUAACCUGCAUAUCUUUGGACUGUGGGAAGAAACCAGAGCACCCAAAGGAAACCCACGCAGACCCGCUGAGAAUGUGCAAACUCCACACAGACAUUCAUCCAAGGAUUGAAUCUAAUCUGGGUCCCUGGUGCUGUGAGAUAGCAGCGCUAACCACUCGGCCCUCGUGCUGCCCAUACAUAUAUGUAGAAUAUUUUCUUGAUUUUUUUUUUAAAUAAAAGGUGUUUCUCUGUUUAA